UACCUACAUAAUAUUACCAGGAAAGGGUAAGCGGUUAAGACUGUUGUGUUAUUAACCAAAAGGUUGCUGGUUUGAUUCCCUCAGCCGACUAGGUUAAAACAAUCUCAGUGUGCCCCUUGAGCAAGGCAUUCAACCCUACAGUAACUGCUCCUGUAAAUUGCUCUGGAUAACAACAUCUUCUAAAUUACUGUACAUGAUAAACACAUUCUGACUAGGCCUAAUCAAGGAUUGUGAAAAAUAUUCCCCUUUUGUGUAAACGUUAUGCCAUGGACACUUUGAAUGUGGUUAUGGCUAGAAGGGAUCUAGCUUUUGUCAAAUUUGACGACCUUUGAUGUGCUCUUUGCAUUUUGUGCUGUGUGCAAGGUGUUACGUCAUUACUUCGAGUGGGAGUUGAGGCUCACGAGACGGUGUGUUCUCAGUUUAUUCAUGUGCUUAGGUAUUUCGAUAUUUGUUUAAGUUUAAUUUUGGCAGGGAUAUCUACACUUUGUUUAGUUAGCGAUUGAAUUUAAAAUAUCAUUCUGAAAUAUCACUGUUGGUGGAGAAAAUGAGUGUUGAGGCGUACGGGCCGAGCUCGCAGACUCUCACGUUCCUGGACACUGAGGAAGCGGAGUUGCUUGGAGCAGAUACCCAGGGCUCGGAGUAUGAGUUCACGGAUUUUACCCUGCCGAGCCAGACUCAAACAGGCCAAACGCAGAGUCAGUUGGAAAAUCAGGUGAAUGGGCCUGAUGGAGUACAGCAGAAUGGGGAUGACCCUGUUGUGAAAGCAAGUCAACUUCUUGCAGAGUUGAACUUUGAAGAAGACGAGGAAGACAGCUAUUAUACUAAAGACCUCCCAGUCCAUGCAUGCAGUUACUGUGGCAUUCACGAUCCUGCUUGUGUGGUGUAUUGCAACACCAGCAAGAAGUGGUUUUGCAAUGGACGUGGCAAUACAUCUGGCAGCCACAUUGUGAACCACCUGGUCAGAGCCAAGUCCAAGGAGGUGACUCUGCACAAGGAUGGUCCUUUGGGGGAGACGGUGCUGGAGUGCUACAACUGUGGCUGUCGCAACGUCUUCCUCCUGGGGUUCAUCCCUGCCAAGGCAGACUCUGUGGUGGUACUGCUUUGCAGGCAGCCAUGUGCCAGUCAGAGCAGUCUGAAAGACAUCAACUGGGACAGCUCCCAGUGGCAGCCGCUGAUCCAGGACCGCUGCUUCCUGUCCUGGCUGGUUAAGAUCCCCUCUGAGCAGGAGCAGCUGCGGGCCCGCCAGAUCACUGCCCAGCAGAUAAACAAGCUUGAGGAGCUCUGGAAGGAAAACCCCACAGCCACUCUGGAGGACCUGGAGAAGCCCGGCGUGGACGAGGAGCCUCAGCACGUGUUGCUGCGCUACGAGGAUGCCUACCAGUACCAGAACAUCUUUGGCCCCCUGGUCAAACUGGAGGCUGACUACGAUAAGAAACUCAAAGAGUCCCAGACCCAAGACAAUAUUACUGUCAGGUGGGACUUGGGACUCAAUAAAAAGCGGAUUGCUUAUUUCAGCCUUCCCAAGACGGACUCAGACAUGCGCCUGAUGCAGGGAGAUGAGAUUUGCCUGAGGUACAAGGGAGACCUUGCCCCACUCUGGAAAGGCAUUGGACAUGUCAUCAAAGUCCCAGACAACUAUGGCGAUGAGAUAGCCAUCGAGCUGAGGAGCAGUGCUGGGGCCCCCGUGGAAGUACCACACAACUUCCAGGUUGAUUUUGUGUGGAAAUCCACCUCCUUUGACCGGAUGCAAAGUGCCCUGAAGACCUUUGCCGUGGACGAGACCUCUGUGUCCGGGUACAUCUACCACAAGCUGCUGGGUCACGAGGUGGAGGAUGUGGUCAUCAAGUGUCAGCUGCCCAAACGCUUCACCGCCCAGGGCCUGCCUGACCUCAACCACUCACAGGUAUAUGCUGUGAAGACUGUGCUGCAGCGUCCUCUCAGUCUCAUCCAGGGGCCCCCUGGCACGGGGAAAACUGUCACCUCUGCCACUGUAGUGUACCACCUGGCCAGACAGGGCAACGGGCCUGUGCUGGUGUGUGCUCCCAGUAACAUUGCGGUGGACCAGCUGACUGAGAAGAUCCACAUGUCAGGUCUGAAGGUGGUGAGGCUGUCUGCCAAGAGCAGAGAGGCCAUCGACUCCCCUGUGUCCUUCCUGGCUCUGCACAACCAGAUCCGCAACAUGGACAGUAUACCAGAGCUUCAGAAGCUCCAGCAGCUGAAGGACGAGACUGGGGAGCUGUCCUCCUCAGACGAGAAGCGCUACAGAGCCCUGAAACGCACCGCAGAGAGGGAACUACUUAUGAAUGCUGAUGUGAUCUGCUGUACCUGUGUGGGGGCAGGAGACCCCCGCCUGGCCAAGAUGCAGUUCCGCUCCAUCCUCAUUGACGAGAGCACCCAGGCCACUGAGCCAGAGUGUAUGGUGCCUGUCAUACUGGGGGCCAAGCAGCUGAUCCUGGUGGGAGACCACUGCCAGCUGGGUCCAGUAGUGAUGUGUAAGAAGGCUGCCAAGGCGGGCCUGUCCCAGUCCCUGUUUGAGCGUCUCGUGGUGCUGGGCAUCAGGCCUAUCCGUCUGCAGGUGCAGUACCGUAUGCACCCGGCCCUCAGCGCUUUCCCCUCCAACAUCUUCUACGAGGGCUCCCUGCAGAACGGAGUCACUGCAGCUGACCGCAUCAAGAAAGGCUUUGACUUCCAGUGGCCACAACCAGACAAGCCCAUGUUCUUCUACGUGACCCUGGGCCAGGAAGAAAUUGCAAGCUCUGGAACCUCCUAUCUUAACAGAACUGAGGCUUCCAACGUGGAGAAGAUCACCACCAGGCUGCUUAAGGCCGGGGCCAAGCCUGACCAGAUAGGCAUCAUCACCCCCUACGAGGGCCAGAGGUCCUACCUGGUGCAGUACAUGCAGUUCAGUGGCUCCCUCCACACCAAGCUCUACCAGGAGGUGGAGAUAGCCAGCGUUGAUGCGUUCCAGGGCAGAGAGAAGGACUUCAUCAUCCUGUCCUGUGUCAGAGCCAACGAGCACCAGGGCAUUGGCUUCCUCAACGACCCACGCCGUCUCAACGUGGCUCUCACCAGGGCCAGGUAUGGGGUUAUCAUCGUGGGCAACCCCAAGGCCCUGUCCAAGCAGCCUCUGUGGAACCACCUGCUCAACUACUAUAAGGAGCAGAAGGUUCUGGUGGAGGGACCCCUCAACAACCUGAGGGAGAGCCUCAUGCAGUUCAGCAAGCCCCGCAAACUGGUCAACGCCAUCAACCCUGGGGGCCGUUUCAUGAGCACAGCCAUGUAUGAUGCAAGGGAGGCUCUUAUUCCUGGAUCUGUGUAUGACCGUAGCAGCACUGGACGUUCAUCCAACAUGUACUUCCAGACCCACGACCAGAUCGGCAUGAUUGGUCCGGGCCCCAUGGCCUCCAUGAACAUUCCCUUCAACCUGGUCAUGCCCCCCAUGCCACCGCCAGGCUACCUGGGCCAGGUCCACUGCCCGCCAGCAGGCCGUGGUGGAGGUAUGAAGGGUAGGGCGGGCGGCGGAGGGGUGCGAGGUGGGCGCCAGCGGAGCCGUGGCAUGGGGAACCACGGCGGGGGCAGCGGGCAGCACGGCCUCAUGAGUGGCAGCCAGGCCAGCCAGGACCUGGGUUCCCAGCCCUUCUCCCAGGGACCCCUCACACAAGGCUACAUCACCAUGAGCCAGCCUUCCCAGAUGAGCCAGCCUGGCCUCUCCCAGCCUGAACUCUCUCAGGACAGCUACCUUGGCGAUGAGUUCAAGUCCCAGAUUGACGUGGCCCUCUCCCAAGACUCCACCUACCAAGGGGAAAGAGCUUAUCAACAUGGUGUGACUGGACUGUCCCAGUACUAGAGUGUUGUGGGAAAAGGAGCUAGGCCUGUGCUGAGCUUAGUUCGUCGCCAUUUUAAUCUGGGUAAUAUCAAAAAAAGAACAUAUGGAUACCCGUUUUCCACUGCUACAACUGAAGCACCACUGUGUGAAAGCAACAGGAGAGAGACCGAGAGAAACCAACCAAUCACAAGAGUGAGAGCAAAAUGGGGGUAGAGCUGGACAAGACAAGAGCGAGGAGGAGGGAGAGAGAAGGCGCUGCUCGCACACAGAGGAGAAGCAGCAUACGUUGGGGUAGCAGCGUCGGAGCGACAAGCCCUUUGAUGAUGAGUCGAGGGGUGAAAGGUCAUAGAUCCUCAAUGGGGUCACAGGAGUCACAUCCCUACCACCUCUUCUCCCCCAGGGACCACAAGUUAGUUGGCUGAGGACAUUGUUCUCGGAGCAGAGAGACUGAGAAGAGUUCUCACACAACCCUCCAACCUCACUCUACAAAACCGUCUCCUGCCAGCUAGAGGGGAAAAAGGGGACGAAACUCUUGAAGCAGUCAGUCGAUUUGGGAAAAUUUCUAACCUCAAAGUUGAUCCGUGCUCAUGCUCUGCAUUUGAACAUGUUUGAGCGAGAGGCGAGAGGUUUUGGGCAGACCAAGAAUGGUCUUGUUGAACGUCUCAACCGGAAUCAAAUGGUGCAGGAGUCGGAAGAAUACUGACCAUUCAUCUUUUUCAACUUUGAGUUGGAAAGUUUUCUACAUGAGGUCUGUUGUUGCAGAGGUUUUGAAAGCUGGUGAAUUUCACUGGCUUUCCGCUCUGGUCUUUCUGAAGGAUAAGUGGUGGAAUGGCUCUUGAAACAAUUAAAGGAAACAUUAUUGUCUCGAGAUCUGAAGUGGUGGACUUGAAAGAUCUGUAGUUUGCGAGACAGGUUUUAGUUUUUUUCUUAAGUCUAUCUGUAGUACAAAAAGGAGAGUAAAAAGAAUACCAUAAGCAACUUAUUGUAAUCAAAAAAGCAGGCAUCACUUGCUCUUUAAAUAACCUCCAAAUUAUUACUUUAAAAUUAGUCGCAGCUUCACAGACAUGAAAUUCCACAAAGAAAGCACUUGUAGAAUGCACAUAUCAUUUGCAUGGCUAAUUCAUUAAUCCACAUUAAGCAGAGAAGUUAUCCCUAGAGACCCAAGUUUAAACAUGAAAUUAUGUAUUAAAUCAGGUUUUACUUUGUUGAUCAACAACUCAUAAGAGGUGUUGCAAGGGAACAAGAAUUUAUGUUCAGAGAGGUUAUAGUAAUGAAGUGUGUGAAUACUACUGGGAUAAGACUGCAGUAAUUCACAAGUGGAAGUCUGGACUUGACUACUGAGGAAGGUUAGAAGCCUCUGGCAACUGCUAAUUGUAGGUAUUCAGUACUGGCUGUCAUUGGCCCAUGUGAAAAUGAAGGUUAUGAACUCACUUAAAAAUAUAAAUAUAUAAUUUCUGACCAUACCUUGAUGAGUUUGUUGACCGAAGGGAGGCAUUUCUGUCAGUAUGUGGCAGAGGAUGAGAACAAAUAUUUGUAUAUUGGUGUUGUAGACACAGUAGGUACUUUUAUAUUUAGUGCCCAUGAAAGGUUAUGGUGUAGAUUUGUGUAGCCCCCACCACAGAUCUAGUCUCAAACCUGACUCUAGGCAAACCAGUGGGUGCGUUCCUUUGCUGAUGCAGGCCAGAUCGUUAUAGAUAUCUAUAGAUAGCAAUCUGGUCCCUGACGACAUAGUCGAGGACGUGCCAUGCAACCAAUGGUUGAUGCAUGCAAUGUCUGAGCAGGGGAACAUGACUAGGGUCUGGUUUCAAUGCUCGUGUUCCCCUGGUCAGACAUUGCACGUAUCAAUCAGUGGUUGCGUGCCCUGUCAUCAACUAUGUCAUUAACUGACAGAUUGCUAUGACAUAUGUGGUUAGCUGAUACUUUAAAUGCCAUCAACGCCUGGGCACAGGAACGCCCCCAAUGAUGGACUCUUUUAGCAUAGAGGAACUGUCACUACCUACACUAUAUUUCCAGCAGUAUGUGGACACCGAUUCAAAUGAGUGGAUUUGGCUAUUUCAGACCCAUAUGUUACUGAUGGGUAUAUACAAUCGAGUACACAGCCAUGCAAUCUCCAUAGACAAACAUUGACAAUAGAAUGACCUUACUGAAAUGCUAAGUGACUUUCAAUGUGGCACUGUCAUAGGAUGCCACCUUUCCAACAAUUCAGUUUGUCAAAUU